AUGCGUUUACUAUUAUUAGUCAUUUUUCUUUUUCAUUAUUGUCAUUCAACAGUUGAUUUAUUAUUUCAAAUUCAACCUCAUUCAGUACGUAUUAAUAAUCAAGAUGAAAUAUAUAUAACAAGUGAUGAUCAUUAUAUUGGACAAGUAUUAUAUCGAUCUGAUCAAAUACAAUUAGCAUGUGAUUGUCAAACACAAUUAAAUAAAACACAAUAUAAUAUUUAUUGGGCAAUUAAUAAUAAAAUUAUCGAUCAAUAUCGUAGUUUAAAUAAUAUACAUUUAAUGAUUGAUAAAAAUAAUGUACAAGCACCAGUAACAUAUGUAUCUUGUCAUUGCGUAUUUAUUCUACCAAAUUUAAAACAAAUCAAAAGAAAUUAUCGUUAUCAAUUAUAUAUUGAUUUAGAAAGUGAACCAUCAUUAAAACCAAUUAUAUAUUCUGUUGAAUUAAAUAUGAUCAAAGGACAUUUUUAUGAUUUUCUUCGUCGUCAUUCUAUUCUUUUGGUUAGUUUUACUGUUAUUAUUAUUGGAAUAACAUGUUCACUUGUUAUUUUAAGUUUCUUACCCUUUUCAUUAAAUUUUAUCGAUUAA